AUGACAUGCUGUAGUGAAGUUCUCAAAUUAUGUGGACUAUGUACGACUGCCCGUCCGCCUCGAUCUAAACACCACCGCUUUUACACCCACAGAGCAUUCGGGAUCGACCCUUGCUCCUAUACCAGUGGGCGAUGGCUUCGACGAGUCCAUUCUGAGCGAGCUUCCCGGUACAUCGCCUUUGACUUCAAUGCCCUCUGCCGACGAAUCGAGGGCGGUUUCAAUCGGGUCUUCAUCUUCACUCUGAGCGAUUCAACCAAGGUAGUGGCCAGGCUACCGUUCCCCCUUGCCGGCCCGGCACGGUUAACCACCAAUUCCGAAGUCGCCACAAUCCGCUAUCUGCAAGCAAACACACGUAUCCCUAUACCAACAAUCCUUGACUGGAGCGAUGAUGCCAGGGCUGCGGAUAACGCCAUUGGGAGUGAAUACAUCCUGAUGGAGCAUGCCCCCGGUGAUUCAUUGCAGACAAAAUGGCAGGAUAUGGCUGGCGACCAGCGAGUCCGGUGCAUAGGAGCUAUUGUUCACCAUAUCAAAGACGCUACUGAUCUCAAGUUCCCGGGUUAUGGGAGUCUAUAUCUCAAUAAUAGUUGGGUGGGCGCAGAGCGCAUGCAGCCUUUAGACGCUACGUUUUGUCUCGGGCCGCAUUGUGGUACUCGAUAUUCGGACUACAAACUCGGGGAUCCUCCGUCUUAUUAUGGCAGAGGGCAGAAUCGCGGGCCCUGGAGCACUCUUGAUGACUUUUGCAAGGGUCUGAUUGAUGCUGGUGUGGCAAGACUUCCUCAUUCCGCAACCGAUGAGAACAGAAAGCCUUUCUAUCAUGACAUUCAACGAUCUGCGUCGCCGUUGUUAUUUCACCCGGAUUUGCACAAGCGGAACAUUUUCGUUUCAGAAGAUGAUCCUACACUCAUCACCGGUAUCAUUGAUUGGCAGGCUACUAGCAUCGAACCAGCAUUCUGGUAUUCAGACGAAAUGCCGGAUUUUGUUUUAUCAGCCGGGUCUAGUAAUGGGCUGUACCGCAAAGCAUUCGAGUCAUUCUCCCAAUUGUUAGCACCUGCACUCUCCGGUCCGAGAUUAAUGGAUGAGAGCCUUUUCCGCCCGUUCCGGUACAGCUACAGGACAUGGAAAGACGGGGCGGUAGCCCUACGCCGUGAGCUGAUUGAGACCGCGCAAAACUGGGAGAAGUUAGGCUUUGCCGGCCAAUGCCCAUUCCCACUACCUACACCAGAAGAACUAGCUAAGCAUGAGAAGGAGUAUAGGCUCUUUGUUGCGGCGCAGGAUCUUAAACGUGAUCUGUCAGGUUUGCUGGAUUCGGAUUCGGGGGGCUGGGUGCCUGUAGAGGAAUGGGAGGCGACGCAGUUGAGGCAUCGAGAGCUCUUUGAUGGAAUGCUAGAGGCUGUAUUGUUGAAUGAGGAGGUUGAUGAUGAUGAGCCGGUAACGGACGAGGAGACGCUCCGAUCGAUAUGGCCUUUCGAUCUUCCCUAA